AUGAGAUGCAACAGAGUUCUGGCGGAGAUUGAACGAGUAUAUAAUGGCGACAUGGGUCGAAAUGGUGGAGGAACAUUGUCGCAACGGUCGCGAUGGAUUUACACAACACGUUUUGAGCUGCGAUGGAACAGCAAUUCGAUGGGAGUUUUGGAGUUUGUGGAGCGUCAACAUAUAUCGGCGCCUGGGAGCAUAGAGCAUACCUUUCAGUGCCGCAAGUACUGGCCUGGAGUAUUCUCCAGCAACGUCCAAGAGAACAAAUACCCACCAACGGGACAUAUCCGCAAAGGAAAUGAGAGCUUGUAUAUGGACAUAUAUUAUACUUCGUGUUACAUUCUAUAG